AUGAUUGCGCAAUUCGUGGGGAAGAAACACCGGCAUUGGGAUGAAAACAUACCCCAAUUACAAUUUGCCUACAACACGGCCAGGCAAGAAGCUAUCGGAUACACUCCGGCAUUUCUGAUACACGGUCGGGAACUCGCGCUUCCACACCCGGACGAUCGGCGACCGCCCCUGACUCCUACCGCCCCGGAAACCGUCCGACAAACUCUCGAGGACACGUUCGAAGUCGUGCGCAUAAAUCUCACUCGCGCAUUCCAACGGCAACAGCGGUAUUACGAUCUGCGCAGGCGCGACUGGCGACCGCGAAUAGGGGACCGCGUAUGGAAACGGGACCAUCCGAUAUGCGACAAAUCGGAGGGUUUCAACGCUAAGCUAGCGCCGCGUUAUCAGGGGCCAAUGACCGUACAGAAGAUUAUUUCCCCGGUUAUAGUGGAUUUACGCGACGAUUCCGGUAGGUGGCACCGCCGCGUACACGUUCGCGACCUAAAAAGUACAUCCCCGGGCGUUGACCAAUAA